CGCAAGGCAGCCACCUCCGCCGCUCCCCCCAGCAGCAGGAGCAGCCGCAGCUCCGCCGCACGCCGAGUCUGGACUGCUCUCCGGGUCCCCUUGCCUGUGAGGAACACACACAGACACCGGGUGUGGGGGUGGGGGUUGAAGUGGGGAGUGGGAGGAGGAGGGAACGGAGGGAGGAAGCUUGGGCACCGUCAGGCGCUCUGGUCUCCAAUCUUAGUGUUCUCACGCCGGCGGAGAGAUGUCCCGGUUGUCGCUGCUGGGUGGCCAAGGAGGGUCACAUGCUAGAGUAGGGCGCACGGGUGCGCGAAGGCGCUCGGCAAGGAGGCGUAGAGGGCGCAGCACAACUCCGCUGGGGGGUAACCGGGGGCGGGAGCACGCCCGCCCGCCUUAUGUAAGCAAGGAUUGGAGAGAGAUCAGCGCCCAGGGCGGAAGGUGGAGAUCAGCUGUGGGUUUGCCCGCUGAAGCCGAGGCGAGAGAUUCCAGAGGAAGAAGCAAGAAGCGGCUGCGGAGAGUGGCCGCGCGCCUGCCUCCCGCGGUGCGCCAGACCCGGACGCCAGGAGUGCAGCGGGCGCACCCUGGGCUACUUGGCUGUGUCCAGUGGAGCUCAGCCUGCCGCCUGCCACCUUCUUCGCCGCGCCGGCAAAGCUUGAGCCGUACUCCCUGGGACUGGACUCGCUAUACGACUUCGGGUCUUGCAUUUGACCAAGCCGGUGCGGGCUCGAACUGAAGUCCUUCUUGGUUGGGGAAGAAGGCAUGAAGCUUUUGCAGUGCUCCAGCCCGCUGCUGUCCUGAGGUUGUCAGCGCCUGUCAGACUGCUUUAUGUUCUGAGCGCGUGUGACCCCUUUGCAGUGGAACAGAAACUAAAAGCUCCAUGAAAACUCAUUCUGCAACAGUGCUUUCUUUGCGUGCAUCUUGGUGGCUGACAAGGGUGGUGAGGCGAUACUGGAAGGAAGAAACUCUCUUAGAAAAAAAAUGCAAAGCAAAAUUUGUAGAUACUCAAAGUGAUGAUGGAGCCUAUAACAUGUUUUUCAAAUUUCUAAUAGUGUGUGUAAGAACUCGAGCUGCUAUGAAUUUGUUUACCUUUCUAUGGGAAAUAAUUGUCUACGUAGCCGGGUUGUGAAUCCCUGUUGUCAUGAUGAAGGAAGGAUGCAAGACUGGGUGGGUAAAAUAAGGAAAGACUAGACAAAAGGAAUGUGAAUUUAUUAAAAGAUCAACACGCAGACACAGCAUUUUGGGAAAAAGAAAACCAUUUCCCAAGAUUAGCAUAUCUUUAAACUAAUAAUACAUCAGGGAAUUUUAUGUUCUUGGUGCCAAGGGGGCCAUGUGUAAACACACAUGCACACAUACACGCAGGAAACAUGAGGUCUAAUUUUGGCUGUGGUCAUAACUACUGUCACCCUGGGUAAGUCAGGUAACCUGUGAAUGUCUCAGUUUCUUCAUUUGUGAAAUAUUUUGAUAGUUUCAAAGUUCUCUUAAGUUCUAGCGUUCUAUGAUUCUGCCUGCACAGCCCUGUCUAGGCAAUAAGACCUAUCUUGGAUGAAUCAGGGAGAUCCAGAAAGGUAGUAUUUGCCAAAGACAUUGACAAAACCGGCCACUUCUUAUUUCUGUGGAGACUCUGUCCACCACACAAAACUCUUCUUCACUCUCUUCAUCUUCUCCAUACCAAGAUAUCAUGAUAUUUGACAAUAGGGUAGGUGCUGGCACCAGACUGUCUGCCUUCAGUUCUUAGCAUUUCUUAUUACUUGACUGAUAUUGAGCAUUAAAGCUAGGUGCCUCUCUUCCCUAACUUGUAAGAUGGGUCUAGUAACAGGAACUAUCUCAUAGGGUUAUUUGAGGAUUAUAUAAGUUAAACAUAUGUAAAAUGCCUGACACCAAAAUUGUAAACUGCUGUUCUUACCGUUCAUGAAAAAUUCCCAUUAGCCUUAUGCUAUCUCGACCAGUGCUGUUCAGCAGAAAUUUCUGGAAUGAAGAACAUGUUCAUAUCUGUGCUUUCUGAGCUGGUAGUUAUGAGAUACAUGUGGCUACUUGCAAUGUGGCUAGUGUGAAUUGGAAAUUUUUAUUUAAUUAAUUUUAAUUUAAAUAGUCACAUGUGGCCGGCGGCUACCAUAUUUUAUGGUGUAUUGAGGCCACUAAUAACUUGUCAAGUAUUUUGAGAAUGACUUCACAAGGGAUUAUUAUUAUACUUAUCUGUAUGUACAAUUUUACUAAGAAGGACAACAGCUUAAAUACUAAGAAAUCUCCACACAUACUAACCAUCACAUCAACAACAUCCAAAAGUUAUUUGUUUAUUUAUUUACAAGUUUAUUGCCUGUCUUCUUACAUUAGAAUUUAACUGUUUUAAGACAGAGAUUUUGCCUUUGUUCAUUAUUUCAACCACAGCUCCUAAACUGAGCCUGAUAUAUAGUUGGUACUCAAUCAAUAUUGAUUGAUUUCCUGCCCAAAAAGCUCAAUGGGGAAGACUCCUCAAAGUCUAGGACAGCUAAAGAAGGUUGAAAUAGUCACCUACUCCUGUUUGGGGCAUUGAGGUACUCAGUGACAGAUACCACAUGCAAUUAGUUCCUUAAAAUAAAUAAGAGAUUAAAAGAGGAAAUGUAGUUAAAUACUGAAAUUCAGCCUAACGAUGGCAGGAGAAUGGUUUGAGAAGUGUAUAGAGUGAUGAGGUAGAAAAGGAAGAGAAGAGUGACAGCACCACACCAAGGACAGGAAAAACACCAGCAAUAGAUCAGCUUUAUACAGCAGGCAAGUUUCCUGCUAUCUACAAAUACAGAUGAAACUUGUCUUGUGGAUUAACAUCCUGCCUACUUUUGGUGAUCAUCACAUUUUUUCCUCAUGAGAGAAAUAAUAGUGUUUUGUAGGCUCCUGAGAAUAGGCUUACUAAUGUCACCGAGAUCUGGGCUCAAAUGACACUGCUUAGGGAGGCAUUCACUGACCAAGUUACCUAAAAUAGCAACAAUCUAUCAUCCAAAGUAUUAUUUGCCGACUUUGAUUUUCCAUAUGACACUUAUUUUAUAUAUGUACAUAUAUGUGUGUGUGUAUAUAUAUGUAUAUGUACAUGCAUAUACACACGCUCCAAUAAAAUUCUCAGGGGAGGAAUUUUUUUUUCUAAUACAUUCAGUGCUGUAUACCCAGAACCUGGAACAAUACCUUGUACAUAACAGGUGAUCAAUAAAUACUUACUGAAUAUUGAA